AUGCCAUUUCUCACAAAUCCCCCAAGAACUAGUUCUCCCAAUGCCCCCGCCGACAACAACGACGAAAGAUUUCCCGCCGCCCAACUCGGCCUCCUAGCACUCGUUCGAGUCGCCGAGCCAAUUGCGCUCACUUCAAUUCUUCCAUAUGCCUGGAAGCUCGUCUCCGCCUUCCAUGUGGGCACUGAAACAAACGCGCCCUUUUUCGCUGGCCUGCUCAUCUCGGCCUUUUCGCUCGCAGAGGCCUGCAGCGGCAUGUACUGGGGCAGUGUUUCCGACCGCGUAGGUAGAAAACCCGUUGUCAUACUCGGAUGUCUGGGCACAAUGUCCUCUCUGCUACUCGUUGGUCUAGCCCCCAACUUUUGGGUUGCACUCGUUGGCAGAAUCAUUGGCGGUGCCCUCAAUGGAAACAUUGGCGUCAUUCAGACCAUGGUGGGAGAACUAGUCAAGAAGCCUGAACACGAGCCAAAGGCGUACGCCGUCAUGCCAUUCGUCUGGAGCAUUGGUACCAUCAUAGGCCCCUCGAUCGGUGGCUAUUUUGCCGAGCCUGCACGCAACUUCCCCUCGGUUUUCAGCCCUACGGGCCUCUUUGCCAAGUUCCCGUACUUCUUGCCAAACAUCAUCUGCGCUUCCCUUCUCUUGCUGUCGAUUCUCAUGGCAUAUUUCCUCUUGGAUGAAACCCACCCCGACAAGCAACCCCACGGGUUUUUCCAACAGUACGAUGCGGCUGUUGCAGAGACCCCGCUCCUUCCCGCUCAAGGCGCAACCGCAGACUCUGCGGCCAACCUGACGGCAGAGUCGUAUGGAACCUUCAACGCAGUCGAGGUUGAGCGCGACGAAAUCUGGCGUGUGCGCUCCAACGGAGACUGGAUCGAACAACCAGCCAACGACAAAGUCUUUACACGACCUGUGAUUAUGUUUGUUAUAGCGCUGGGCAUCUUCACGUACCACUCGAUGACAUACGACCACCUUCUACCCAUCUUUCUCCAGGAUAAGCGUGCCCACGACGAUAUGAAUGCACUAGACAUAACCUCGUCCUCUCUGGGCGGUGGUCUUGGCAUCCCCAUUCAGCAAGUCGGCAUCAUCCUUUCUCUCAACGGCAUCAUCCAGCUCGUCAUCCAGGCCUUUGUCUUUCCUGUGCUGGCUGACUGUCUUGGCGUAUGGAGACUACUGCUCAUUGUCACACUGGCGCAUCCGAUUGCGUAUUUCAUUGUGCCCUUUUUGCAACUCCUUCCUGAGAAUACCCUUUACCCGGGUUUGUUUGCUUGCCUGACGGUGCGAAAUCUAACAUCGAUUCUGGCGUUCCCACUGCUACUCAUUAUGAUCAAAGAGGCCACCCCCGACAAGGCACACCUCGGAAAGAUCAAUGGACUGGCUGCUUCAACAGGUGCUGCUUGCCGCACAGUCGCUAGCCCCAUUGCAGGAUUGCUCUACGGGUUGUCCAUCGAGCUGCGGUUCACACCGUUGGCAUGGUGGUGCUCUGCCCUGGUCGCGAUUUUCGGAGCGCUCCAGGUGCCUUUUCUCAAUCGCGCAGCACAUGAGUGUAGCGCUCAAGUGCGCCCUGCAGCCCGAUGCAGCUUCGUCGAGCGCCGGCGAAGCGAAGUGGUACACAUUGUGGUCGAAGACGCAGCCUGACAAAUGCACGGUUGCAGGAGAGGUUUCAGGACAAGUGGUUGUUUUCUUUUCCAGCAUUUUCCUGCAUUGUCUAGACUGAGGAAUAGCGAUGCAAUUGGACGGCGUUGUGGGAUUCACGAUACCAGAAUGGCGGAUGGGUACAUGGGCACUGGCGUUUGGCGAGGAUAGCAUGGCAUGUCGACAUUUGCAAAGACAUGCUCACUCGCGCUGGUAGCGUUUUCACACAUGGCUUUUCUCAGGGCAUUUAUAGC